AUGCCAACCAUUAUCGAAGAAACUCAUUCGCCCAUCCGUGGCGGGCACCCCGACGCUCGUCCUCGGAUUUCCCGGCCGCUCGAGUACUCUGGAAGCCUCGGCCGAUACCAGCACCAGGACCUGACCCCCGUCAUUGGCAGGGAGUAUGAAGGCCUCCAAGUCGCCGAGAUCCUGCAGUCCCCAGACCGGGACCAAUUAAUCCAGGACCUUGCCGCUACCAUUUCGAGUCGCGGCGUGGUCUUCCUCCGUAAUCAAGAUGUCACACCGCAGCAAAUGCGUGAUUUUGCUGAGAAACUGACAUUAUUGGCCGGCUGCCCGGAAUCAUCAGGGCUACACGUCCAUCCCCUCACAGAAGAGGGAAGCGAACUCGGCGACCAGAUCAGCGUGAUCAGUAGCGUGAAGCAGAAGAAAGGCGGCGGCCUCACGCAUCAGCUCAGCGAUGUCAGUCGCUUUGCUUCCGCCGGAUGGCACACAGACAUCAGCUUUGAGCGUGUCCCUUCGGAUUACGCGAUGCUCAAAAUCCACACUCUCCCAGAGACCGGAGGCGAUACCAUGUGGGCGUCAGGAUACGAGAUAUAUGACCGCCUAUCGCCAGAGAUGGCUUCUUUCUUGGAGCGCUUGACUGCGACACACGAUGCGACCUUCUUCCACGAGGAGGCUCGGAGACUGGGUAAUCCCUUGCGAAAGGGCAUUCGUGGGUCACCACUAAAUCAGGGAGAUGAGCUUACGGCCAUACAUCCUGUGAUCCGAACAAAUCCUGUCACCGGAUGGAAGUCUGUAUAUGUCAACAAGGGCUUUACGAAGCGCAUCAACGGAGUCACCAAGGAUGAGUCUGAUGUGCUCCUUCAGUACCUCUUCAAUCUCGUUACUCAGAAUCAUGAUGCGCAGGUGCGGUUCAAGUGGCGGAAGAACGAUCUCGCCAUUUGGGACAAUCGCUCAACAUAUCACUGUGCGACGUACGACUAUGCAGAGACAAGAACAGGCGACCGAGUGUGUAGUCUGGGAGAAGCACCUUACUUGGAUUUGAAUUCGCGAUCACGGAAGCAGGCACUGAGUCAGGGGCGAUGA